CUAGCGUGAAAGUCUGCUUAGUGAGGAUGCGGCCGAAGUGGGGUGAGUCGAUUGCGAAGGGUAGAAUGGUGCCUGCACGGGCUUCCAAGGUUCGUUCGUCGCUACCAGGAUGGGUUGAGUAGGCAAAGAAGACCAUGGGUCGGUGGAUGUCGCAAUGAUUGGGCCGCAAUGGGUACCACACAAGAGCGAGCCCAAAAAGGUUACUGAAACGAUUCGGCGGAUGCGUUUCGGCGGCUGAUGUUCCAAGGUCGCAAGCCAUUGCGGUGUGUACCUGUAAUGGAAGAGGCCCCUUUGUAGAUGAGUCGAAACCGAGUGGUAUGCGAAGUAUUUCGAUGCCAUAUUGCACACGCCGGCAGGAUAGAAAAUGGAACCUAAAACUUUGGAGUUACUCCUUGGCUGAGGACAUGUCUCUUAAGGGACUGAUACGGUCAGGUAAGAGGGAGACAACCGGUGGGUGUCCACACCCGCGUUACCGAACGGGAGGCCCCAACAUCCUAGCGGGCAAAUCGCAACCCAACCCACGGCGACGCAAGUAUUCCGUGGUUGGGGCCAGAGGUAUCUUUUUUGAGGCGAUUCGCAAAUCUUCCCCAAAACCAGCUCAUACAAGGCCUAGAAGCCAUUCGCGAGCUUUCAACUUCGCAAACCGAAUACUCCGCUCCUGCCGAAGGCCGCGCACUGCACCUCCCAAGCAGGACAAGAACCGAUCGUCCAGUCGGAGCGAGCAAUCAAAAACUGAAUCUUCAGUCUUCACACCGACUUUAAAGAGAGUAACAAUACGGACUCCUCCACCAUGGCGGUCCACGACACCGGCUGCAGUUGUAAGGCCAGCACUCGCCUCAGCUGAAGCGCGUAUGCCAAUCGGGCACUUUGUCUCGAACGGACCCCCAUCUCCCGUUCUGGCGCCAAAGAUAGUCGCGUAUCCCGGCCUACAACAAGCGCCAAAGACAGAGCACCCAGUCGCGAACUAUGUGAGGUCACUGAGUGAGCGAUGUCAUUCGUGCGGAUUAGCGACGUGGCAGUGCGCAAAUGCAACCAACCUCCACGGGACAGACUUCACGAGGAUCCCAAAUCUUGAUGUCCACGUCGAAAUGCGAGACCACGCUCGGCUUCACAGGUACUGGAAGAGAGGCGCUACGGCCGAUCGCACGAAUUGGGAGUUUGUGACCCUGUUCCUCAUCCAUCGUAACGGUUCAUCGCAAAACCCGGUGGAGGUCCGAGUCGGAUUUCCAGCGCAUGCGGUACCGGUGAUUUAUAUGUGCGAGGGGAAGAGGGCAGAGAUCGCGUACCACUUCCGGGAUCACGUCGAUGUUAUUCGGGUGGGGACGAUGGCGACAACAUAUAUGGUGAAUGCAGCCGGAAAUUUCAUCAUCGGCGCUCUCCUAGUUCGCUCUUGAGACCCUAUUGGGGGCGGCAAUCAGUUGCUUGAUCAUGGAUUUCCUCUCCUACCACUGCAUCCAGAACAGACUGCGUCUGAUU